GUCAUAGCGCGAUGGCGGCGGCUCCUUCAGGCAGCUGAAGAGGGAUUUAGGCCGGGAAGAUCCGAGUCCAUCCGCGGCGGGGAGAGGGCGAGCGGGGUCGGCGGGGGCCGGAGCAGGGGCGGCGGCGCUCGGACUGUCCCAUCCGCCCCGUAUUGAGGCGCUGGGAGCAGCGGGGCGGCCGGAAAGCGAUGGUGAAAGCGGGGCCGUGAGGGGGGCGGAGCCGGCAGCCCGACCCGCCGUAGCGGCAGCAGCGGCGCCGCCUCCCCGAGCUCAGACCCAGGAAGCGGCCGGGAGGGCAGGAGCGAGCCGGACCCGCCGCCGCCGCCGCCAUGGAGCUCAGAGUCGGGAACAGGUACCGGCUGGGCCGGAAGAUCGGCAGCGGCUCCUUCGGAGACAUCUAUCUCGGUACGGACAUUGCUGCCGGAGAAGAAGUUGCCAUCAAGCUUGAAUGCGUCAAAACCAAACACCCUCAGCUCCACAUUGAGAGCAAAAUCUACAAAAUGAUGCAGGGAGGAGUGGGCAUCCCCACCAUCCGGUGGUGCGGGGCGGAGGGGGACUACAACGUCAUGGUGAUGGAGCUGUUGGGGCCAAGCCUGGAGGAUCUGUUCAACUUCUGCUCGAGGAAAUUCAGCCUCAAAACUGUCCUGCUGCUUGCUGACCAGAUGAUCAGUCGCAUUGAAUACAUUCACUCAAAGAAUUUCAUCCACCGGGACGUGAAGCCAGAUAACUUUCUCAUGGGGCUGGGGAAGAAGGGCAACCUGGUGUACAUCAUCGACUUCGGGCUGGCCAAGAAGUACCGGGACGCACGGACCCACCAGCACAUCCCGUACCGUGAGAACAAGAACCUCACUGGGACGGCGCGGUACGCCUCCAUCAACACGCACCUUGGAAUCGAACAAUCCCGGAGAGAUGACCUGGAGUCACUGGGCUACGUGCUCAUGUACUUCAAUCUGGGCUCUCUGCCCUGGCAGGGGCUGAAGGCCGCCACCAAGAGGCAGAAGUACGAGCGGAUCAGCGAGAAGAAGAUGUCCACUCCCAUCGAAGUGCUGUGUAAAAGCUACCCCUCUGAGUUCGCCACGUACCUGAACUUCUGCCGCUCCUUGCGUUUUGACGACAAGCCUGACUACUCCUACCUGCGGCAGCUCUUCAGGAACCUCUUCCACCGCCAGGGCUUCUCCUACGACUACGUGUUCGACUGGAACAUGCUCAAGUUCGGAGCCGGCCGGGCCGCCGACGAUGCUGAGCGGGAGCGCCGGGACCGAGAGGAGCGGCUGAGGCACUCCCGAAACCCAGCCGCCCGUGGCCUCCCCUCCACGGCCUCUGGCCGCUUACGCGGCACCCAGGAAGUGGCUCCGCCCACCCCCCUCACCCCUACCUCACACACUGCUAACACCUCUCCUCGGCCCGUGUCCGGUGUGGAAAGAGAGCGGAAAGUGAGUAUGCGGCUGCACCGCGGCGCCCCUGUCAACAUCUCAUCCUCCGAUCUCACGGGCCGGCAAGACACCUCCCGCAUGUCCACCUCUCAGAAUAGCAUUCCUUUCGAACACCACGGCAAGUAGCUGCACGUCUCCCCGUUGGAAGGCAGCACCGGAUUCCCGGUCGGGUGGCUUCCAGUGGUCCUCAGUCUGUGGUGCACCGAUGAGAACUCUCCUUCUUGCUGUGAAGGGCAGACAAUGCAUGGCUGAUCUACUCUGUUACAAUGGCUUUACUAGUGACGCGCCCCCCGGUCUAGAACCGAAACGUUAACACCGGGAGCUCUCCAGGCCGCCCACCCAGCGACGCCCGUGGGGGACACAAAACACAAACUAAACCGGACAGACUGCAAAGCGCUGCCGUCGCAGGGGCCGCACCGAGGGCCCCCCACGUGGGCUCGGUUGUCGCGGGCUGGAAAGAAAAGCAGAGUGUGAGAGACACUUGCAGAGAGAACCAAACUCCCGCUCCAGAGCCUUCCGGUUCCCCUCCAGUGGCGGUGCGCCCUGCUCCCUGACGAGCCCACUGUAGCCACCGACCUUCUACUUGGUUAAGACAGUUUUGUAUCAUUUUGCUAAAAAUUACUGGCUUAAAUCUGUGUAAAGAAA